UGCCCUAAAUAAAUAAACCUAGGCCAAAAUAAAAUCACAGGUUGUUGGAAUGGUGAACUGCGUAUGUGCUCAAAAAGUCAUCCUGACGGUUUUGGAUAUUCGGGUCAAAGAUCAAGUAAUACUGCACAGCCUUAUUGUGCGAAACCAUAGUUCGCUGGAAAUCUUGCGAGAUAACAGGGUCAUUAAAGUGUCAAAUAGCUAUGCAGCUUUGUAAGAGAAACCACUCAAGAAAGUGAUGCGUGCUUGUUGUGUGGGUGACUGAUUGGUGUAGACGUUGCCGAAAUUGGGCUUUCAAAUGGCUCACAAAAUGGUGGUCGGUAAGCGACUGAGUGACAACUUGGACAAACGCACCGCGAAGGGCAUGAAGAGGGUACACGAGGAUCGACACAGAAAUACUUCGGGGAGUCGAAAUACGCUGGAUGUUGAUCCGAACUAUCGGCGGGCACGCAGCGCAGAGGACCUGUCCCCGAACUCCAUCCCAAAUGAGCAACCAUUACCCUCGACGCCGCCGGUCACCAAGCAUUCAUUCGGUUUAAAGGGUCUCUUUCACCGCAAGAAGGAAAAUGAUGCGGCGCCCCCUAUCAUAGAGAUCUCGGCCCACAACCAGGAGCCCGAUGUGCAUCCCGUCUCCUACGCGCAGAACAUUUACAACCCGCCGGUCCGGCCCAACGCGUUCAACCGAGUCCUGCAGCAGAUCCGGUCCCAACCAGCUAUGCUGAGGCGAGCUUCGGAGACCAAAGUCCCCUCCAACUCCAAGCUGACGUCCAUGCGGACGCGGUCGGAUGGCAGCGACAAUGACAAGGAAGACACGGGGCGUAAGAAGGGUUCCAGCUUGCCCCGGGACGUGGAGAUGAGGGCGCGGGCGGAGUCGGCCCGGCCGGCUACGAAGGAGGACCAAGUCGACUUUGUACAUCUCGCACACACCCAGACCGACACCACGCUGUGCCACACCCCCAGCUAUGGCUCCGACAUGGAGCAGCAGGACGAGACGGACAGCGUCACCUCCCCGGACCCCCACCGGACCAAGUUCCUCAUCGAGCAGACCCUGGCCAAGAUUGACCGGACCAAAGAGGCCAUGAAGGCCGAACAAAUUGCAAAAGACGAAAAUGUGACCGAGUACCUGAAGCUGUCGGCCCAGGCCGACAAGAUCCAGAUGCAGCGCAUCAAGACCGUCUUUGAGAAGAAGAACCAGAAGUCCAACGCCACCAUCGCCCACCUGCAGAAGAAGCUGGAGAACUACCACAAGAAGCUGAUUGAGCUGGAGACCAACGGGGCGGUGGGGCCCAGGAGGCCCAAGGAGGUGUUCCACGGGAUGCAGCAGGGGCUGAGGGGAGUAAGAGACAACAUCAAGGAAGGCAUUACCGGGUUUUCUGGGGGCAUGGCCGAUCGAAUCGGGGGAGGCAUCUCCGGACUCACGGGUCUCACGCAGAGCGCCGCUAGCGUUGUUGUUUCCAAGCCCAAAGAAAUUGCCCAUAAAUUCAAGAACAAGUUCGGCAGUGCAGACAACAUCGAUAACACCGAUGAAGAAGAGGAUGUUGACCAACCACACAAGACAGGGAGAAGUAGCUGGUUUGCACCGACGCCGGCUACCAUGCCAAAGUCCAACAGCGAGGGUGAAGAGUCGUCCAGCAUGGAGAUGACAGAAAACGGUCACCUGAUGAUGAGAGAUGAGCUAGAGGAACAUCCGUUAGUGGGUCGCAUGACGAUACUCCAAGACAGGAUAUCGGAACUAGCGGCAUCCGAGGCGCUACUACACGUGAAAAUAGAAGAAUUAAAGGAGCAAAACAGAGAGCAGUACCAGUUCUUCAACCAGGCGCUGGCGGACGAGCGCUACCGGGCCGAGCGGCUGGAGGAGCAACUGGCCGACCUGACUGACCUGCACAACCACGCACUGACCAACAUGCAGCAGGAGCUGAGCAGCAUGGAGGAAAGACUAGAGUACCGGUCGGCCGAGAGGGAGAGAGAUGUGCUGGACAACGUGGACCAGUGCCAGACUAGGAUAUCGAAGAUAGAACUGGCCCAGCAGCACCAGCAGGUCAUCACGCUGGAGGGCUACGAGAACGCCAACGCGAGGGCGCUCUUGUCCAAGCUCAUCAACGUCGUGCUGUCCGUCCUGGCCGUCGUACUACUCAUCAUUUCCACCAUCACCAAUGCGGUGUCGCCGUUUGUCGCAACGAGAGGGCGUCUGUUAACCACCGUGACGUUCUCCUUCUUAUUCUGUUGCAUCUGGCAACGCCGCGAGGUCAUCGAAGACCUGACCCAGCACAUCGUGGAGAACUACAAACACUUAUUCUACGUCAACAGUCGAACGUGACCCCUGCCCCUCGACCAGUUCCCGUUGUUCCCUUCCGUCCACAAACACUAGAGGGCAACAUUCCCUCCGCGUCCAAAAUGGAGGUAGUCGUGUUUAAAAUUUGUGGCAGUACAGUUUUUUGUGUGGUUGGACACCAGCUGUGACCGGUAUCCUACAGCAGGGAGUUGUGUGAGGCAGGACACCGGCUGUGACUGGUUUCCUACUGCAGGGAUUUCGUAUGUGGUUGGAUACCAGCUGUAACCGGUAUCCUACCACAGAGAUUUUGUGUGUGGUUGGACACCAGCUGUAACCGGUUUCCUACCACUGGCAAUUGUAUGAGGUGUGACACCAGCAGUGACCGGUAACCUACAGUACAGAUUUGUGUGUGGUUGGAUACCAGCUGUAACCGGUACCCAAUCACAGGGAUUUGUAAGAGGUGUGACACCAGCUGUGACCGGUACCCUACAGUACAGAUUUAAGUGUGUGGUUGGAUACCAGCUGUGACUGGUAGCCGUCAACAGGGAUUAGCACACGAUUAUAAGGCCCUCCCUCGUCCAACGGCCGGUGCUGAAUAUAUAUAACCAUUGGGAACAACGACACCAAUAUACCACAGCAAUUGUGAACUUUAUGAACUGGGACACCACUUUUCAUUGGUACUCUGCACGUCCCUUGCUAAUGUUAAUAUUUGCCAAAGAAUUUGAAAUAGCAUUUUUUCGCUGAUAUUUAUGAACGGUACAUUUUUUUUUGUAUAUGAUUGAAAAACCAAAUGAAACAAUUGUAUAGUUGUCCAUGGAAGUUUGUUCACGUUGCGAAAAAUCUGGAGAGAUAAUGUCUUUUAUUACGCUAAUACAUGUAAGUGAGAAAAACUUCAGACGCUAUUUGGACAAAAGUGGAACACUUGGAUGUUCUUGAAAGUACUACGAGCUGAAUAGUAAACAUGUGUUCAACCACUUUGUCUUGUUCUUGUAAACGUACAGCGCAGGCAGUGGUAAACUCGAAGCUUAACAUUCAACCUUCGGUGAAAUUUCAGCAGCUGAAGAUAUGGAAAAGACAACUCCAUACUCAAGAAAUCGAACAUUACCAUGCUUGCACAACCGUCAGCAGAAACAUUUGCGCAAUACGCCGCGAGAGUUUGAUGUCAUCUCCUCUCGGUCACAUUGGGCUGACUUCCUCGAAAAUGGUUCACGCAUUACACGUACGUUUAGCACACGCAUUGCACGUACGUUUAGCACACACACGAUCAAAGACAGCAACUUUACAUCCUACUUUUUAGAACAUUUUCACAAAUUAGUACCUGUAAGUGGUUAACUGCCUUUCAGCAGAUUGUCACCACACCAUUUCAACCACACUUGUGCUUGUUUUCGCUUCAAAGAGGAGAAUCAAGCCGAUUAUGAAACGGAUUCGCAACAGCCGUAGCGAAACCUUGGUGUUCACCAGACCGUUGCAGCCCGCGUGAACCAGUGAUCAUGGUGGCACCGAGUUGAUCUCUGAGUGACAUUACGACUUUACGAAUUGGUCUGGGGGACUAAUUUGCCGAGGACCAGCUAUCCGACAGUAAAAAUGCUUAGAAAAUCGACCUUUGACCUGUCUAUCGACCUGUGGCAUUUCCGGAAUUCACUGAGAAAGCUAACAAUCCGUUGACAUACUAUUAUUAAAGUAUUUGGAAAACAACGCUCAUACACACGUACAUGAACAAACCCACCGCAGUGUUUUGGUCGUCUGACAUUUUGUUUGAUGUUGGAAUUUACUGGACUCUCGCCCUACGAUUUUAAUACUGCAACAAUAGGAAAACUUUUUGCACAGUUUUUAUUUUGGGGUAAUACUUUGUGGAAGAACUGAGUCAGUUCGGUUAAAUAGGUCACAAGGGAACUGCCACGAAAAAACAAACAAACAUGAAAACAAAAAGUAGUAGUACAUGAGGAGUUUUUUGAAUACUUUGCAGAAUGUGUUACCUAACGUUACAUUUACAAGUGUAUAAUUUGAUAGAGCUACUAAUGCGCAUAGAGCAGGAUCCAGAAUAAUGUCUGGUUCCUGACCCAUUAAGACCAUCUUGUAUUACACCCAAGAGGCUGGAAUACUGCCAUUUUCUGUUUCAAAAGAAAACGUUGUUUCUCUUGAGAAAAAUAUUCAAAACCUCAAAAAAUUGCAAGCCUUCCAGAAUUGUUUUCCAAAGCAAAGAGGCUGAUCACUGAGGACAAACAACAUUUUUUUUUUUUAAGUUGAGAUCAAAAUUUUGUAAUCUUUUUGCCUCCAAUUGGCUGAAACACCACAAGUAUUUUAUUGCCAUGGUUGCUAAGGGAACACAGUGUUACCUUGGUAGCUAUCCGUGGCAACCAUCCAUGGCGGCCAUGUUGCAAAAGUCACACGCGUAGGUAUGUGUAUGUGGCAGACUUGCGGCACAAUUGGCAUGUACAAUGUACAUUCACUUUAAUUUAUACAAAUUUUCAUGCAUUGUAUUGUCUCAUACAUGUAGAUAUGCUUUAACCAUAACUCAUCAUGCGUUUUUGUGCUACGAAGGUUGCUUAAUCCUCCAAAAUGCACCAAAAUCUGUCGGGCGACAGGUACAUACAAUGGCCUGUCUCAUUUCGUAUCCGGGACGAGUUCCGGACGAGUUGCGGGUAAAAUCAUCCACUUUGUCCGGAACAAGCUCUGCAUUUGUCCCGGACACGUUGCUGGGAAUUUUUCACCAGCAACUGCUCGACUCGCCAAUACUGAUAACUUCAUUGCGGGAAGAUUGCGGGGAAGUUUUUCUGAAUCCUGCAACUUAUACCCGAUACAAUGUCCACAACUCGUCCAAGAUAUGAAUUGAGCUGGGCCCUAAACUAGCAGUGGAAGUACGAUAUCACAGUACUCCUUGUAACAGCAACAUACAUGUACGCAUUAGUCGCCUCCAACAAUCUCCUAACAGUAGCGUUUGCAAUUUAGCUAAUUAGCACCUGUAAAACUUUGUGUUUAUUCUCUGAUGAACCCAUAACUCUAGGGUGCGUGGACGGUUUGAGGUGGUACAGGGAGUAACAGGCAGGGCAGUUUUGAGCGUUACAGAGACAGCUAGAGUCAGAAAUAUGAGGAAGAAAAUUCCUGUGUGCAGUUUAAUACUGGAAAAAACCCACCUCUCUCGCAAUUUGUAAAAAGGUUUUUUGCCUUUAUUGAAAAAAUAAAAAGUUUGGCAAUACGGUGUAAUUUCUAGUGAAGAAAGCUUCAAAUAGUGCAAUUGUUUUUAUAUAUAUUCCAUUAUCUGAAGAAGAAAAAACAUCUUCAGACACGGAUUUUCCAAAUUGUCCAUGUUCAGUUUUAUCUUGUGGUUGCUAAGCGGAAAGCCCUUCACCUAUUAUAUGUAGAUCUGGUACCCGCAACAUGUGGCUCACUUAACAUUGUUUUUCCCACAAGUAAGUCUUGGAUGAAGACAAAAUGGCCACAGCCUGUAAGGUCCCAGCUUGCUUAGUACAAUUAUGUCAACUUAGUUGUGUACAUAUAUUUUUUUUAUGUAACGCAGUUUCAAAAACAGCUAACCCGUAAAUUGUAUAUUGGCAAACUUGUGUAUAUAUUGUAGAUGGAUGUUUCAUAUGUAUGCAUAUGUACUAAAAAAAUAUUGUUUUACUACCAAAAAAGGAACAAGAACUUAAAGUUGAGUGUAAUAAAAAAUAAGCAUAAAA